UAUUGAUCUUCGCGACCUUAGUCUCGAAAUCAAUAGCGACCCCUCUAUACAUUCGCUUCCUUCCCUUUACUUCAUCAACGCGUCGCAUUCUAUAUCUCAUUCCACGUUCAUCGAUAAUCAAUCCUCCAUACUUGAGCCACGCCCCAUAGUCCUCUAUUCCUGUUCAACCCCACUAUCUUUACAUCAUGGCGUUUUCACUCAGGUUCAAGCGCCCGCAUAUGCUCAACCCUUUCUUCUUCCUCAUCGUCAUUUGUAUCCUGAUCCCUGUCGCCUAUAACUUUGCAGACUAUGAGCUGACCUGGCAUCGAAAGAUUGACUCCAAUUGGUUCUACAACAAACGCGACUACUAUGUUCUCGCUCUUUGCAUCGCACCUUCGGUCCUGGGCCACCUUGCCACGAUCUGGGGUCAUUACUACCGUGCCGAACGUGAGUUCCAACACAGCAUCGCCAAGGUGACAACUCCGGUAUCUGUCAAGCAGAAGAUUUCGCUCUGGGAGCGCCAUAUCUGGUGGGGAUACACCGUCAAGUACUGGAUCAUGGUUGUGGUCACGGUCCUGCUGAACCUGACCUGGUUCAUUGUCCCUAUGGUCCAGAGUACUGCAAAAAUGGUCGACCGUUUCGGAUAUGUCGGAGGCAUUGGCCGCGCGGCCGGAAAUGCUAGCGGUUAUACCGUUGUUGCAUGCUGCGGUAUGAUCCUGUUCUUAGUUCUCCGCCGAUCCAUGCUCCACGCCAUUGGUUUUACCUAUGCCGAGAUUGUGCCUCUUCACAGAUGGUUGGGUGCUGCCAUUGUCGGAUGGAGCACCAUCCAUACCAUCGGGUACAUAGUUUACUUGGCUAACGACGGCCGCCUCCAGACUGAUAUUAAUUUUUACGAUACCUCGCGUGGCACCCUGAACAUGAUGGGUGUCUUUGCCUAUGGUGCCGUCUGCUUGCUGGGCCUCGGCGCGAUCCCUCAGAUCCGCCGACGCUUCUACUUGCUCUUCUUGAGCACGCAUCGCUUCUUCACGGCUGUGUUCUUUGUCGGAAUGAUCACGCAUUACCCAAGCCCCAUGCUUUGGUACUAUCUCCUGCCCACUAUCAUCCUCUUCUUGGUCGAUCGUUUCGUCCCCAAGAUGAUGCAGGCUCGUACGGUAUAUCCCGAGGCUACUUGCUCCUUGAACGUCGAUGCUGAUAUCAUCCGCAUGACUUUCACCUCCCCCGAACCUAUGAAGCCCUACUACCCUGGUGAUUACAUCUCUGUCCAGAUCCCCAAGAUUGGAACUGUCUAUCAUCCUUUCACGAUCGCUUCUUAUUGGCCUGAGGACCCUUAUUCGAUGACUCUGUACAUCCGUUGCUUUGAGGACUCAAAGCUGAGCUGGACCUGCGCCCUUGCCAGACUCUGUGGCAAGGAGGACAAGCGCAUCCGCGUCAAGGCCAAUGUCGACGGCGUCUUUGGUGAUCGUCGCCAUGACUAUCUCAAGUCUGAGACGAUGAUUAUCUUUGUUGCCGGUGCUGCCAUUACUACUUUCAUGGCCCUUAUCAAGGCCAUCGCCGCCCAGAUUGCCGCCUCGAGCGAUCCUCUCCGCAUGCAACUUCACCUUAUUUGCACCUUCCGCACCCGUAGUGAGCUGCACGCCUACGGAUCAUUCUUGCACCAGAUCACGCGUGAUCCUCGCUUCACGUCCUGGCUCCACGUCGAGAUCUACGUCUCGCGUCCCGAUAAGCCUAACACGCUGAUGGGUGCACACGCUCAUGUCAUCAAGAACGAUAUCCAAGUUCCCGCCAACUCCAAGAGAAAGGAGAAAAAGGCGCGUUUCAUGUCCCUCAGGCGCACUGGCACGAUAUUGAAGCGUGCUCUGUCCGGUCGUACCAUCGUUGCCGAGAAUGAAAAGGCUUCGUCCAAGACUGUUGACUCCACCGGCUCUAGUGUCUCUACAGAAGUUGUGACCCCCACUGAGAGCAAGGAGUCUUCUCUGCACAGAUCAGGCUCAAUCCACACUGUUGUAGACCUUGAGGACAUUGCUGAGGAAAGCGAGCCCGUCAAGACCAUAAAGUCCCAGCCCGAGAAGGUUCAUACCUCUACAACUACAGUUGCUGAUGAGCCCAUGGUCUCAUCGCCUACGCGCGCCAUGACCUACGACAACCGUACCCUACCCACCUUCCAGGCUGCUAAUUCGACCACGGUCGCCACUCGCUGGGCCAGACUCGACCUGUUCGUCACCUGCGUGCUCAUUUUCAUUCCCCUGGCGGCGUGGUGCGUUGCACGCACGGUUUCUUGGGAGGGUCCCUCGGGCUGGUGCAAGACCAGCAAAGCUCGUGGCACUUAUGUCCAGGCUAACUGCCGCUGGACCUACGGCAUGAUUCCUGGCACUAUCCAGAUUGUGGUUGCAUCAAUUGCCGGAUACUUCGCUGUCUGGUUGGCUCGUGUGAUUCUGAUGCGCCGCGGUCGUGAUGUGGAGGCCGGUCUGCCUUACCCAGAUUUCGCUGUCGAAGACGAGAGACUCGCGAUUGAGGAUGGCAACUGGGACGAAGGAGAUGUGGUCUACACACGAGGUCGUUUGGAUGUCAAGAAGCUCAUCCAGGGCUUUGUCGAGGCUGGUGUUGGCAAGAGGGAGAAGGGUCGUGGCUUGGUAUCGGUCUUUGGAGGUGGACCUGAGGGCUUUGUGAGUAUGGUUGAGAAGCAGGCCAAGGUGGCGGACUGGUCGGUCGAUUUCCAUCGCGAGACCUGGGCACCUUAGAGUAUAGGAAGCCUUUGAAUCUCCUCAUUCUUAUUUAUAUACACCCAUGUACAUAAUCAUAUCCAUAUUAAAAGC